CAGACCGUCCUGGCCGCCUCGGCAGACGCGGAGUAGCCGGCGGCGAGGCUGGACGAUCUAGCCGGCGUGAGGCGCGGACUGAGACUGUGGCCGCUGAGGCAACCGUGCGUCCGAGUGCCAUCGAGUGUGUUACAAUCGCGGGAAUGACAAUUGGAUGACGCGGCCGCAACAACUAUUGAAGACACCCGAGACAUGAACUGUGUUUGGUGAUUCGAUUCGGAGCACAGUGCUCAAGUUGGCACGGGUCCAGUCCACCAUGUCGUUUCCCUCCGUGGCCGCCUUGGCCGCCGCAGCCGUGCUGCUGUGGGCUGGAAGCUGCACUGCCGCCAACUGCCCGCCGCUGAGCUUCAAGACGGUGGACGCAGAGUGCCGCUGGGUCAUGGGCCGGCCAGUGGCGUGCAACGCCUCGUGCGCCCCCGGCACCAGGGCCUUCUUCUCCUGCAAGCCGCUCUACCGGCUGCCCCUGUCCGUGCGAGCGGCCGCAGCGUCCGCCGCAUCGGCCGCCUCGGCUGCUUCGGAUACUCGGAUCAGCUUGGACGUGGACGACAACGGCAUGGAGUCCUCCAUGUGUCGAGAGAAUGGCAACUGGGCCCCACUGCCGUUCACCUGUGUCCCUGAGUGCGGUCGCCUGGUCGGCAACGGUGAAACGCUCAUCGUCGACGGCAAACCCGUCAACUCCCCCAUCGAGUACCCGUGGCACGUGGCCGUCUACGACAAGAAGUUUAAGGGCGGCAUCGCGCAGGUUUGCGGCGGCACGCUCGUCACGACCAAAUUCUUCGUGUCGGCUGCCCACUGCUUCACAUCGAAAUCCACGGACGUUGCGAUGAGGCCUUCGGAAGACUUCGCUGCCGCCGUGGGCAAGCUGAACCGGGAAUGGAACGCCCCGGAGGAGUCAGCCCAAAGACGAGAUGUGCUCCACAUCCACAUCAACGGCUACGGCGGCUCGCGACUCAACUUCGUCCGCGACCUCGCGCUCGUGGAGCUGACGAGGCCGGUGACGCUGACGGCGUCCACGCUGCCCGCGUGUGUGGACUGGGGCCACCAGGAGAAGCUUCGCAGCGGCGACGUGGGUGCGGUGAUAGGCUGGGGCGGCUUCCUCAACGCCCCCGUGAGCCGCACGCUGCACGCGGCCGAGCUGCCCUUCGUGCCCAAGGACAAGUGCAUCGAGACGAUCCCCUCCAGGCUGGUGCCCUACGUCAUGUCCAACGACCGAUUCUGCGCCGGCGUCAUCAACGGGACCACAGUUGCGCACGGAGACAGUGGCGGUGGACUCGUCUUCCCCAACAAACAGCGCAGGUGGUUCUUGCAGGGUGUGGUGUCGGUCGGGAUGCCCGAACUGCGUACCUACGCUGCCUUUACCAACGUGUCGACCUUUUCCCGCUGGAUGGCAGACAAGAUUCAAGACGAGGAGAUUCGAGCGGCAGCGGCUGAGCACCAUGUGCCGCUGGAGAUCCCGCUGGAGUACACUGCCAGCGACCUGGACGAGGAGCACCGCGUGGCCUACCACCGCGAAGACGUGGGUCUGAACCUGUUCCACAUGCACUGGCACUACUUCUACUACAAGUACCUCAGCCCGCCCGAGAUGAGGAAGAUGGACCGCCGCGGCGAGCUGCUCUUCUACAUGCACGGCCAGCUCAUUGCAAGAUACAACGUCGAGAGACUGAGCAACCAUUUACCCCGAGUGAAGAAGCUUGUGCUGCGUGAGCCUAUCAAAGAAGGAUACUACCCUAAACUUGAUACCUUGGUAGCGUCCCGCGUCUGGCCCGGCCGUCCGCCCAACACUCGCCUGCAGGACCUCAAUCGAGAUGGCAUGAAAAUUGAUAUAGAGGAUUUGGAACGCUGGACUGCCCGCAUUUACGAUGCGAUAGCCAUGGGAUAUUUGUCGAACUCGACGGGUGGCAUCAUUCCCUUGACGGAGGAAGGAGGCGCGGAGUUGCUGGCCAACACGAUCGAAUCGACCUCGCUGUCUCCGAACGAGAAAUUGUAUGGAGAACUGACAAAUUUGGGCCAUAUCCUUAUCUCUCUGGCAGCCGACCCGGAGAACCGAUACCUCGAGUCCUUUGGCGUGAUGGGAGACGCUGCCGUGUCGCUCAGGGACCCCGUCUUCUACCGCUGGCACACGUACAUCCAGGACAUCAUGUACAAGUACAAGGACACCCUGCCCAGCUAUUCCCAGCGCGAGCUCGGCUUCGAUGACAUAUUCAUCCGCGGAGUCGACGUUUUCUCGGAAAACUCCAAAGAACCAAAUCUGCUGUCGACCUACUGGCAGGCUAGCGACCUGAUGCUGUCCCGCGGCCUGGACUUUUCGCCUCGGCAGCCUGUGUACGCGCGUCUGAUCCACCUGCAGCACCAAGAGUUUUCCUACAACAUCCAGAUUGACAACAGAGGCAACUUCCGCAAGGAAGGCUACGUCCGAAUCUUCCUGGCGCCCGACGUCGACGAGCACGGCAAAACCAUGGCUUUCAACGACCAACGCCACUUCAUGAUCGAAAUGGACAAGUUUGUCGUCAAGUUGAAGCCGGGCAUGAACGUGGUGCGGCGUCGGUCCAUCGACUCGUCCCUGACGAUCCCCUUCGAGCGCACCUUCCGCAACCUGGACGCCAACCGGCCCGGGCACGCGGGCAAGCGGCGCGACGAGUUCACCUUCUGCGGCUGCGGCCUGCCCCAGCACCUGCUGCUGCCCAAGGGGGACACCGACGGCGUCAAGUACAGCCUCUUCGUCAUGGUCAGCGACUACGCGCAGGACAAGGUGGAGCAGACCCUGCAGGGCUCGUGCAACAAGGCCCACAGCCUGUGCGGCGUGUUCGAGGGCCGCUACCCGGACAAGCGGCCCAUCGGCUUCCCGUUCGACCGGCGGCCGCCGUCGCACGUGCGCACGCUCCGCUCGUUCCUGCGGCCCAACAUGUUCGUCCAGGACGUGGUGGUGCGGUUCAAGGACAGUGUGCUGGCGGCGCGCAACGUGACGGUCUUCGGCACCGAGACGGACAUCAUCAAGCUGCCCAUGCCGCUGGGCGUGAGCGCCAACCGCAUCCCGGACCGGCAGGCCUGGCGCGAGCAGCAGCAGCCCCAGGACGACCCGCCCGCCAGCGGGCCGCCCAAGCAGUGGCAGCAGAAGCACAAGCGCCAGGAGCAGCCCGACGAGGAGGAGGAGCAGCAGGGCCUCGAGCAGCAGCAGCAGGAGUGGGAGUACCAGCGGCAGCAGCAGCAGCCGGACCGGCGGGAGCAAGACAAGCGGCGGCAGCAACAGGACCAAUUAAAGCGACAAGAGGAGCAGCAACAGAGUCAAGAGCAGCUUCGGCGAGAGCAGCUUCAGAAAGAGCAGCUUCAGAAAGAGCAGCUUCAGCAAGAGCAGCUUCAGCAAGAGCAGCUUCAGCAAGAGCAGCUUCAGAAAGAGCAGCUUCAGCAAGAGCAGCUUCAGCAAGAGCAGCUUCAGCAAGAGCAGCUUCAGCAGCAAAUGUGGGAAGAACGGCAGAAACAGCGACAGCAACAAGACUGGGCCGGGCAGCAGCGGGACUGGGAGGAGUACCAGGCACGGCUGCAGGAGUGGCAAAGGCAGCAGAGGAUCCAGCAGGAUCGCUGGCAACAGCAGCAGCAGUGGCGGGACUCUAGUGCGCCCGAUGUCGUCUACUUUGUAUGAUCUCGCUAGUACACUGUUAAAAAUUCCGUACUUUUUUUACGGAGACGGUACAGAAAAAUAUGGUACGGAAGUACGGAGAAAAGUACGGAACGUCCGUACUUGCUCCAUUUGAAACCAUGUAAACGGGUACGGGAAAAAGGUACGGAAGUUCCGUAGUUGGCAAGUACGGACGGUCCAGGCAAAUUAUUGACCAGACAUGUUCCGUACUUUUUCCGUACCUUUUUCUCACAGUGUGCACGACUUUUGCUUAACUCGGUAACUUCCACCCUGAGAAAAUUUCGGCUGUCACGUCAUGACGAUUUCAAGGCUUAUAUUCUUGACUAGAAUGUCAUCAAACAAACCAAUUCAUGUCAUUGUUGUCACGCCUUUGGAAUAAGUAUUGCAGUUAUAGUGGAAAUGUUAUCAAUUUGAGAUGACUGUCAGCGUUUUAAAAGUGAUGAAAAUGACGUUAACGUCAAUGAAUAUUUAGUCAUAAAGAGAGAACAAAUUUGUGAAUGCGUUGAGCGUAUUGAGCAACGAUAGCGCAAAGAAAUCUCAGGGUGCGAGGUGGCCGAUCACAUGUGCUUUAUACGAUGCAACCAAACGCUGCCCAACGCGCCUAGCACAACUAGACAAUAGACACAAUAGUACAAAUCUGAAUUAAACGCGCCACUGCGUAGUUUGCUAUUGGUGUAAAGACGGUUUGGACAAUCACAGGUCCUGUAAGAAGGAAAUUGACAAGGAAUGCUGGAAAUAGAUUUUAAACCGAGCACGUCAAGUGGACGAUUUUGGGUUGAACCUCUCCUCUUUUUCGUUUCUUUCUUUUUACGGAAAACCAUGCAUCAUGUCUGAGUUCUUGCCUACUCGAUUGCUAAGCAAUUGUAACCAAUCCAUUGUUCCUUUCCUUUAAUCUGAUUCUGAGCAGUUCUGAGCCGUCCAUGAUCCUCUUCCUAUUUUUGUAUACACUAAUAAAACUUUUGGUGCUAUGCUCGUAGAUUAUACAUAGCGUAAGGCACAUUUUCUUGCACAAUUUAUUAUGUUAAUAUGUUUAAUAUUUUAAUGGGCACUCAUGUGAUCAAUUCGCGACAUGAUAGCGGAGUGAUUUCUUCUUUAUUUAUGUAGAAUGCACAUCGAGUCGGUACUGCCGAUUCGAAUUGGUCUUGGGCUUUACAAAGUUCACGCGUUGAAAGGUUCAACCCUGUCAAAGAUAUCAAAAUGUUGGUCAAACUAACCUCCUGACGCAGCGGUCAGCAGCGGCUUAAGGGGAGGUUCUGGUGAAAAUCUUGCCAUUUUCCAAAUGGAUCCUACAGUCAUAAUUUGUUCGGAAUAUAAAAUUUUUCAUUUAGGAGACUAAAAUUUGACUUUUGAAGGCACAUGCCAGGCU